AACAUAACCUCACUUACAUUAAUAUAUCAACAAUAUGAAAUUUUUCUGCAUAUGCACAUGUUCUGCUUAUGUGUUGUGCAGCAAUUUUGUAGUCUUUAUAUUAAGCACGUGAUUGGUUAACCUUAUUAUGCAUAUGCUUAUGCGGCUAGGUGGUAAAAAUUUUUCGACAAUGUGCGUACGCUAUGUUUACGUCCUAUGCAGCAAUAUGGCGUUCUUUAUAUUAAACGCGUGAUUGGUCCAUUUUCUUAUGCAUAUGCUUAUGGGCUUAUGCAAGUUUGUGUGGAUAUAGCUUAAGGGAUAUUAUGAAUUAUGUUAUAUCACUCAUCCUGUGUACGCAAUUUUAAAAAACUUCUUUGAAAUAACAAGAUUCUGUCAGAAAUAAAUUUCAUAUCUCAUAAAUGCAGAGAUAAUCCAUUCAAAAAUCUGUAAUAUUUGUAUGCAGCCAAAUAUUUGAUAGUUGAUGAGAGCAGUAGAAAUUGCUAUUCAAAAAGGUGAUAAAAAUAUUACUACAGUGUUAAAAUGUAAUUUUGUGCGAUUUAAUCUCUAUAAGUUUCAUAAUAUUUUUAUUUGUGUACAUUUAAAGAUAGAUAAAAAAUGAAUAAUCAACACAUACGUCGGAAACAAGCAUUUCUUAAGGCUAGAGUUGCUAAUAUAAAGAAAUUUGGCUUAAAUCGAAACUCUCAACGUCCUACGAGGCAUAUAACAAAACCAAAAAGAUAUGCGUCUAGUCAGGAUGAAGCACCACAGCCGUUAAAGAAGAAAAACUCAGAGACAUUAAUUAAUCUUGACAAAGAUAUGGAUGAUAUUCGCAACGCUUCUAUUGCAAUUAUUCGAAGUUAGGAGAUUGACCGCAGUUACACGCAACUGAUGCCGGGAUCUUCUGUUACGCGUGUUCCUGAGCAACUCGAAAGCAUCAGAUCGUCCACUGUUACUGAGAUGUUACAAGAUGAAAAUGUGCCUCCAAAUAAUUCUGGAACAUUAAAUCCACUAUUGCAUUUGCAAAGUCUACAACAAAUGCCACAAACAAGCGAAAGCACUGAAGGAUACUCUGAAGCUGUUAUGGAAAAUUAUCGUUAUAAACAACAUCCUAGAUUGAACGGAUAUAGCUUUCCUUCAAGAAAUAAUUAUGAAGAUAUUAGAACAACACAACAUGAGCAUGCAUCACAGCGUGAGCAUGUAAUACAUUGCAUGCAAAAGUAUUGGGUAGUGUGAAUGUUAUAAUGGGGGAAUUGAAUAACAUGAGGAAGCAGCUAGAAAAUAUACCGACUAAAGAAGAUUUCGAAAAACUCCAAGAUGCAAUAGCCAGCCUGCCAACGAAGCAAGAUUUUAUAUCUCUGAACCAAAAAUUGGACAGAAUACUAAAAAGACAAAACAAUAAAAUGCCAAUAAAACCGGAUUGCAUUCCUUUAAAUUCCGUUGAAGAAGUACAAAACUUCAACAAUAUUGACGAAGAACGGUACGAUGAAGUAGUAACAUAUCUCAAAUUCUUGGGAGGACAAACCUUAGAGGAAAGCGUUAAAUUUUGCAUGAAGCAAAUAAUAAUGGACGAAGCUUUGAGCAAAUAUUCUUUAUGGGGCGAAAAGGACCGGAAUCUCGAGCUUUACAAUACGCAGUUAUUAUAUGCAGUAUACGAAGCAGUAGCCACCAGCCCAUAUUUUAUGGUACCUAAUCAGCAGCAAUUUUAUGAUGCUAUAAAAGAAGCAAUAAGAUUCGCGAAACAACGAAUAAGAAAUGCAAUUCGCAGAAAACCAGGCGAAAAAGGUCGCCGAACAAGGCGGCGCGAAGAAGCGGAUGCCAUAUUUGGCAUAAACAGACGAGAGGAAGAAGAAAUAGAAGAUAGAGAGGAGAGAGAAGGAGGAGGAGAAUCAUCUUAGAUAACCCAGCGCUGCCAUUCAGUCAUUGAAGUCACUUUGUUUUUUUUUUUUUUUUUUUUUUUUUUCACUAAAAUAGCACUAUUGUCCAAAAAGGACUAUUAUCACUUUUUAUCCUUGUUUUAUUCAGAUAAUAAUGUUUAUUUUUUAUUAUAUUUUUAUUAGAUAGUAAUGUUCAUUUUUUUAUUAUUAUAUUUUUUAUCGGUCGUGUAGUAAAUAAUGCCUCGCGUUUUUAAAAUAUUAUAUGUAUUAUUUUAAAUUGCAACAAUUUAUUUAUUCCUUAUUCCUUAUCCCGAUUAAUUUCAUUUAAAAGGUACAAAUUAUUAAAAUUAUAUCAGUAAUACAGGUUAAUAUUUGCUGAUCAAUAUAUAUAUAUAGAUAAAAACAAAACAAAAUUAGGAAAUAUAGCAAAUAUGUAUAUUAUAGGUAGAAACCGAAGUAGUAUCAAUAAUAAGCAAAUAUGAAGUUUAUUAACUUGUAUUACUGAAAUAAUUCAGUAUUAAUUCGAAAUUAAUUCUUCUUUCUGAUGACAAUUCAGCAGAAAGAAGAAUUAACUUACUUAUUUUUUAUAUAUUUGAAAUAAAUAAAAGUACAAAACAUAUAU